AUACACGUGUAUAUUUUGCAAGUUUAUGAGAAACCGGCGAGACGACACGGUCUGUUGCGGUCCAGCCGUCAGAAAAAUAAAAGAUGGCGGCGUGUCGUGAGACGUCGCUGUCCAAUAUUCUCGUGGAAGAGUUUGAAAAAUGGCGAGAGGAGACACAGGACGACUCGAUUUUCCUUCUUGAGGCUGGUAUGGAUGAGGAUGAGUCUGGUGUGAUGAACCUGUUGCUGGGUGGAGAGCAUGAGUUCAGGCUGCGCUGUCCUCCAGGCUACCCUCACCAUGAAGAGAACUUCUUUGUGGAGUCUCACUCUUCAGUCAGGAUGUGGUGCAAUGCUUUAAAUGAGAGCAUCUUCCCUUCACCACUCCGACAGGAAUGAGCUGUCAUCAUCAGAUGUGGAGAUGGAUAUGUCAGAGGACGAAGAUGAAGAGAUAGAGGAAGAGCAAGAGGAGAGUCACGAGGAGACCAUGCUGUCAGAUGAUGACUCUACAUUUACAACAGAAUGGGAACUAGCCAUUGCCAGGAAAAAGAAACGCUGGACACAGAGGGAAGCAGAGAUAAGGGAACAGUUAAAGAGAGCCAAAGCAACAGGCCCAACCACGACAGAACUGGGUGCAAUACAAGCUUCUGGUCAGGACAAGGAGCAAGCCAAGCAGAUCUUCACAAGCAACGCAGCUUUUGGCAUCCUCGCUAACGACCUGGUCAAAAUCCUGGAGGCAGAGAAGGAUGCAAUGAUGCAGAGAGUCACCAAUAUGGAAAUGUUGAAACUCUCUUACUGGGAUCCUGCCAAGGACAUGAAGACUGUACUGCUGGAGAUGAAGGACAUGUUACAGAGAUGGGCCAGGAUCGAUGUAGACAGCCCAAGGAACGACUCUGUCAGGUAUCCCAACGGCUCGUAUGUCGAUAUCGAGCACCAUCUACUCAGACUGGCUUUGGUGAGUGAAGUCAACCCACGUGCGAACACCAGGUACGCCAUCGAGAUCACCAAACCAGCAUCCAAAGCCAUCAGGCAGUCUUCAGGCUUUGGAGUCCCGGCUACCUCUGGGAAGAAAGAGAAGCAGUACUGGAAACCAGGGACAGGGUACGGCCAUGGCAACGUGUCCAGGCCUGGACAGAUGGGCUGGGAUGUCAAUGCCUACAUCGCAGCACAGAAGGAGAAAGACAAACAGAUUGAAGCAGUGUUGGAAAAAAUUCACCAGGAAUUAAGAAAACUUUUUGUGGAGCACUGUCCCUACAUCAACUCCACCAAGAGCACUGUCCCAGCCAUUCCACUGAGGAAGGGGCACGGUGGGGUCACCGACCUCAACAGCACCUGCAGCAGUUCCACGGGGAGCGUGAAAACUGAAUGUAACAGCUUUCCCAUCGAGUCUGCGAUCGCCACGGCGUCCUCGUCAUCUGCUUCGAGUGCGAACGCCAGCCCCAAGUCCUGUAAGCCGUUCUGUCCCAUCUCCAUGGUGUGUAAGCCGUCAUGUAGUCAGUCCAUCUGUGAACAGUUGUGCACGGUGGCGGACCCCUGCUGUUCUAGUUCCUCCAGCGGGGACGCCAAGAAGAAGUGCGUGAGGGCCGACAACACCGUAACAAAAAGUUGCAAUGCUGCGGGGGAGGCGAGCACAUCCCAGCUCCACAGAAACAUUGGUGGUGCCGCGGACUCCUCCUCAAGUGCCAGUACCCCCUGUACACCCUCAACCUCCGCGGAGACUUGUAAGGUCAAACAGGACUACAUGGCCAGUUCCAGCGGAGUGUCCAGCGGCACGGACGUCUCUCUACAGAACUAUGAAGACAGACUGCUCGCCUGGGGAAAUCUACUGGUGGAGAACGGGGCCAUUGACCCCAUCACAGACAUGUUUGUUAUCCUCGAGGGAUCGGCCCUCGUGCCUUUUAUAGAGACCCACUUAAAAGCAGACUCUUUCCUGGAGAUUGGGAGACAUGUAGCGGUUUACAAGGGUAUAGUUGACAUCAUCAGAGAAAUAGCGUGCAUCCCCCAGCUGGUGAAGCUGCUGUGUGCCUUACCAGAUCAGGACAAGUCAGUCUAUCUACUGUUGGAGGGGCUGGAACAGAAGGCGAGGACCAUGCUACAGCACAUGCACAAGGCAGCUAACGGCAGCAUUCCCAAGAAGCCCGAGAAGGUGGAACCCGAGCCCAUGCAGCCCUUUAAGUAUGUGCCCCUGCCUAUUGGGGAGUUCUACCCCUGGGACAACCAGUAUAUGAUAGCCAUAGAACAAAGCAAGCCACUGGACAUCUCACACAUGUCCUCGGUGGUGGAAAAGACAGCAGAGGAGAAGCUAGCUAGGGAGUUCAUCAUUCUGUACAGACAGGUGGCGGAUGCUGUUCGGAGGCACGGUGAGGCCCAGCUGGCGCGGGACGCAGCCAUCGCUGCUCAGGCCUCCGCGCAGGAGGCACAGAUAGAAUGUACGCCAGACAUCUCCGCAGCAGCAUCCACUUCUGCAAUAGCCACGUCUCCUGAGAAAAUCACGACAUCCCUGGAGGAGAACUACAAGAAGGAUCUCAAGGAAAUGCAGUUUGACAACUUCGAGUUUCCAUUGGAAGGGUCUUCAGCUCACCAUUACUCUACUCUCUAUAACAAGUUCACCAAACCUAUCCAUGCUCAGAUUGUAAGAAUAGCCCAGGAGUUCUCGUCUCUAUCAUCGUCACUACCACUAGAGCUAUCAUCAUCUAUCUUUGUCCGAGUGGAUGAUGAGAAAAUGAACCUAAUGCAAGCUCUGAUCACAGGGCCAGAAGGAACCCCCUACAGUGGAGGUUGUUAUCAGUUUGAUAUCUUCUUCCCACCAAACUACCCCAAAGUUCCACCUCAAGUCAACCUUCAGACAACAGGUGGAGGAACAGUGAGAUUCAACCCUAAUUUAUACAGCUGUGGUAAGGUGUGCCUGUCUCUCCUGGGUACGUGGGAGGGGCAGCAGGGAGAGCAGUGGAACGAGACGUCCUCCGUCCUACAGGUGCUGGUGUCCAUCCAGUCCCUGAUCCUGGUUCCAGAACCGUUCUUCAAUGAGCCGGGCUACGAACAGGAGAUCGGCACAGACACAGGGAAGAGGCACAGCAGGGAAUACAAUGCAGACGUACGAGUGAACAACAUCAAGCAUGCCAUCAUCUCCCAGAUACAGAAGCCUCCUCCUGCCUUCGAGAACAUCAUCAAAACUCACUUCUUUAUCAAGAAGGAGUGGCUAAUGAAGGAGUUUGAAGACAUCUUGAAGGAGAGCCCCAAGGAUAAGAAGCUCUCCCGAGCACUCCAGGAUCUCAAGUCAGAGUUUAAGAAGUUACAGAAGCCUCAGGUGGCAUCAGAUCCUGACUCCAAGUAACAAGAGAACGUCUACGGGAGACCACCCUCUGCCCAACCUUGUGCAUAUAGACUUCUCUAUCUGUACCAAUAGCUGAUAAACAGUAGAGAGCAUCUCUGAACAUCAUGUGAAAUUAAGUAUUUUUCUAACAGGACUACUCACUUUCUGCUUACCACUACAACUCUUGCUACAGACUGAAAGUGCAAUAUUCAUUUUACUUCCCGUGAUGCUUUUUGACUCCGUUUCAUUUAAAUCUAUCAUAAGUGAGCCUAGCUUUUCAUUGUAAAAGUUUCACAUCGGUUAACACCACUAUGUUCCAAAUAUGGCAAUAGUUUUGUGGUCAGUGUGAUCGCAUUUCAUUAUCAUGAGACUGUAUGACUCUUACUGUAAGAGUUCAUAAUUGACCAGUAACACGAUUUGGGCUCUUUUAGCAUCCCUCCAAGAAUAUACCAUGUAUGUCUUGUUCUUUUGUGACAGCAAAUUUUAGUGCUUAAAUUCUGCAAUCACACUAUAUAAGCCAUCUCAGAAACAUGCCCAAUUUCUCGCUAUAGUCAGAACAGUGCUUUCAUGGCUCUUCUGGAGAAAGCCUUCCACAGUCCAACAGAUGUAAUAUUUUUAACAAUCGUCGAGGAGCACCUGUAUAUGCUGGCAGAAAUACAGUGGCUGGGGCAAUAGCAGCAGAGGCACAAUAAAAUUGUGAAUAUUUUUCAACGUGGGUUGGUAAAACAGUAGUUGAAGAUUAGUGUUGUCGCGGUCGUACAAAAGCUGUGAAUAUGAUGAAGAGUAUUGAUAUGAUAACUGAGUAUUCUUUUUCAUAAAACAAGUUGUUAACUGUGUAAGUAUACUGUUAGUUGAACCAUUGUCUGAUGGUAAUCGUUGAAAGUUGUGGAAAGUUCUGAAGAGAAUCUGUGUGAAGAAAAACAGAGUUCCCUAUAGCAGGUUGAAGAGUAAAUAAGUAUCUUUGAUGUAACAAAAGAGUAUUUAAGUUUUUUUUGUCAACAUCACUAACACUCUUGCCAAUGUCAUAUCUCAUGGGCCUAAUACUUUUUACAAAAGUCCUCUGAACCAAAAUUUUGUCAUUCCUUUCUGUUUCCUAUGUCACAAUAAUCCAGCUGUAUACACAGAGCAAUUAACAUAGUUCUGCGCCUGUGCAGAAGCCAAUUACAUACGUAUCUCUCCUACUAUUGAAAAUACAUGACUUGAGAUGUCUACUACAUGUACACCCAAUAUGUACUGAAGAGCAUGGAAUAGAAACAGAAACUACAAGCUGAAAUAAAUGAAUCCCAAGACCUAUAUUAAAGGUACAACACUUUGAAA